CUUGUCCAUUGGCAGUGUCAAGACGGCUUGCCAUGGAAGUUCUUGGCCAUGUGCCUCUGAAGGUAGCUGAAGGCGAUUCCAUUCGCAUUGCGCAAGUCACCGAUGUCCAUCGAUUUCCAAGCACCUGCAGCUUUUGGACCAAUGGCUGUGGCCAGCGGGUGGACCUGGAGACCUACAGAGCUGGUGGUGAGAUCGAGCUGUUGGAAGCUGUGCUACGACGCGUCUCCCCACACUUUGUGGUCUUCACAGGGGACAUCCUCGACGGCAGGCCCUUCAAGCAGAUGGGCGAUACCGACUGGAAAUCUUCGAUGAUGGCAUUGCUAGAGCCUCUCCACCAAAGAGGGCUUCCCUGGACCUUCGUCCCCGGCAACCACGACGACGACGAUGCACCAUGGAGUCGCUCAGAGCUGCUGGAGAUCUUUCAGCUGCCUGGCUGUGUGGCGAAGGGCGCCAAAAGCUUCGACCACUGCGUGACGCUGGGAGCUGGUGAAGGACCUGAUUGCAACUCUAUACGUUUGUGGUUCUUUGAUUCAGGAGGCAACAAUCCAGAUCCCCAGAUUCGCUACGACACCUUUGCGCCCAGCACGGUGGCGAGCUUCCAGCGCUUGUCGCGCGAGCCCACGCCGCCCAUGGGCCUGGCGUAUUUCCACAUUCCGUUGCCAGAAUAUGGAGAUUUGACCCCUGUGCAUGGCACCCAGGGUCUCUUCGAAGCGGCUUUGCAGGCUGGCAUGGUGCCUCGGCCCUGGUGCUGGAUGCCCAGCCUGGUGCGGUUGCUGGGCAAGGACCGCGUGGUGGGCAGCUCCAAGCUGAACAGCGGUCUCUUCGACGCUUUCGUGGAGUCGCAAACUGUCAGGGCCACCUUUUGUGGCCACGACCACUCCAGUGAUGCCAUCUUCUUGCGCGAUGGGCUGUUCCUUUGCUACGGCCGUGUCAGUGGCACUACGCCUCCCAGCGAUUGGGAAGGCAGCGCGCCGCUGCCCUUUGAGCCGGGCAUUCGCAUAGUCGAGUAUGCUUCUUGUGGCGAUGGACCACGUCUCACCACCUGGAUCGAGACCCAAAGUGGUGAAGAUUCGGGAAGCCGCUUCGUGCUGGACGUAGAAACAGGGGCACCCGAGCGCGAAGAAGAGGCCGCUGCGAGCCCCCUGUUGUGGUCAGCCGACAGCCAGGUCAUGGCGGCAGCAGGGAUGUGUGCCUCGUCUACGCAGCUGGCAAGGGGCGCCUCCGGGGGCGCCUGUGGCGCCGGGGAAACCACCGUGACGGGUGAACGAUGGGAAGUGGUGGGCAAAGGCAAAGGUUCCUAUGAAAGGGUCACCAGCCUGAAGUACGUGGGCGAAGGCCACGGCAGCAUCAGCAAGGAGCCAAAUGUCUUGAUCAGUGGACGCAGUCCAGUGAUUGGGGCGAUCGUUUGCAUGCUGUGCAUUCCAGUGCUCUUAGGCCUUGGCUACCUGCUGAUUUGGAGCGAACGCCCCGUUGGUGCCGAUGAUGUCUUGGUGCCCCCAGUGGCCACGGAGCCGGACUGCGCCCCUCGGACACCGGCGAAGCCUGGGCUACUGAUGGCUGUCAGCGGAUUUGAUGAUUGGGUGAGCCAUCCUUUGCUUCAGUGGGCUUGUGAGAAGAGCUGGACCAAGGAGCGGCAGAGCUACUGCUGCAGCCACUUCCAGCGCGGCUGUGCUCCCUUGGUGCGCGAGGUGCCCAAGUGGGUGGUGCACGACGUCAACGUGCCGGUGAACGUGCCAGUGAAGAAGGAGGUGCCGGUGCCUGUGACCAAGGUGCAAACGGUGCAGGUGAAGGCACCAGAUCCCUACGAGUGUCAUGACACGGCCUCAGUGGAUGCCUGGUCGGCCGACCACCAGCGCUGGUGCUGCUAUGCCGCCAGCGUGGGGUGUAAGCCGAUCAUCGUGGACAAGACCGUGUACAAGACAGAGGUGCCUGUGCCACACUACAUUGAGCCCAAGAAGCCCAAGGUGCACAUCGUGCAUAAGGAGGUGCCCUACGAGGUCCCUGGUACUCCCAAGAUCAUCCCGGUCAAGCUGCCACGCAAGGUGAUCUACAAGGACCGGGUGCAGGUGGUGCCCAAGCUGAUCAAGGUCCCGGAAGCCGGGAAGGUGCAGAUCGUGCACAAGCCGGUGCCGCAUCCCGUGCACGGCCAUGCCAUCUACGUCAAGGUGCCUGUUGUGAAGGAUUCCUAUGACUGCGAUGAAGGCUUUGAGAACUGGUUCUUUGGCUGGUCCUCUGUGAAGAAGCACUUCUGCUGCAAGACGGAGCAGAAGGGCUGCCCUCACACCUGGCACGGCAGCUUGGGCUUGCUGAAGUACAGCAGCCUUCACCUUCAUAGCCACGUGCACGUGGAGGGUGAGGGCCAUGCCACCGGCCGCAUCUAUGACUGCCAUGCGGGCUUCUCCAACUGGCAGCAGGGCUGGUCCGUGUCCAAGAAGAAGUGGUGCUGCAGCCGGGAAGAGCGUGGCUGUGAGAAGUUCUACUGCGAGGGCGACAGCAAGAUGUGGCAUGCGGCCAAGAAAGACUGGUGCUGCAGCCACUUCCAGCAGGGCUGUGCAGCCACCACCCUGUCGCCCUUGGGAUGCGAUGCCACCUGCGAGUUGAAAGGGCACAGCUCGUCGUGCCAAGAGCGGAUUCACUGGACUUCGCACCAUUUCUUCUCAGGACGCGAAAAUUCCUGCGCACUCGCGUACAGCAAGGUGCAAGUGGAAUGCGACGUGUGUCGCGCCUGCUCCAUCGAAGCAGCUGGCUGCACGGUGCAGAAGGUUGCCACGAGUGAUGCCUUCGAUUGCCAUGCGGCCUACAACAACUUCUUCCGCGCUUGGUCGCCAUCCAAAAAGAAGUGGUGCUGCACCAUCAAAAGGAUGGGCUGCGAGGGAGAGUCGCCUCCCUCAGUGGACCCGGGCGUGGGCAUGAUGUGGAAGCACGUGCAGGUGAACGGCUACUGGACCUGGCAAGCCGUUGCAAGCGGCGGCGGUGGCUUUGUCAAAUUGCCAUACGACUGUCAAGCAGGGCUGACGCACCGCAGCACAGGGUGGUCCCCGGGAAAGAAGAGCUGGUGUGCGGCGGGCGCGCACCCGCCGGGUGUGGCCGGGCAUGGCAUGAUGUGGAAGCACACCAUGUCUGGAGGUCAGUGGCAUUGGGAACAGCACCACAUUGCGGGUCACAUGGACAUGGCGCAAAUGCACGACUGCAGUGCGCCACAUGCCUUACCCGCAGACCAGAAGGACGGGAGGUGGUGA